AUGUCGUCUCGCAUCAAUAUCCCCAAAGGCAAAGCCAAGGCGACCGCUGCCAACCUGGUCGACUCAUCAGCGAGUUCCUACGACUCAUCGCCCCAGUCUUCGGCCUCGUCAUCACGCUUCCAGCGCCCCAGUACUCACACACGUCGGCCUAGUCUGCUGAGCGAUGCCCUCUCCAAGCAGGAAGCGACCGUCAUCAAUAUCGGCGAACCGGAUGGCGUUCCUCGUCUGAUCUCCUAUCUCUCCUCUAGCCAGGGAUAUCAAUGGAAUCCGGAAAUUUUCCUGCCGUCCUACAUCGACUGCGACUAUGAGCCACUAGAGCACGGCCGAGAACCCGUCAUUGAAAUCACCCUCUCCGACGAGGAGAUCAAGCAGAUGCUCCCUCAAUAA